AUGGCAGAACCAACCCCAGCCAUACAUCAUCCCACGAAGGGCCCAUUCGGGGCGAAGUCAACUCUCUGCCGGGAGACCUACGUGGAAUACAGCUUGUUACCCUUUCAGACGAUAAUGGGGGCUGCUGGUAUGACCGAGAACAACGGUUUUGUCAAAACAUUGAGUGACACGAAACAAUGUGUUUGGAUGAGCCAUGAGAACCGCCUGAUGACCUGGAACACUGGCUGGCGCCGUGGAAAGUUCUUCCAUAAAGAUCACCCAUUGUUGGAAAAUCUCAAGGUUUGCCUCACGUUUUUACAUCUCGCUACUGUUUACUCUGACACUAACUGGUUGAUAGUUCAAGUACCUAGUGCUUUUCCGAACCCGACAAGGGAGCCUGCCACGAUAUCUGGGCCUGGCACGGACGGAUUGAAAGAAUUAUUAGGUCCAGAAUGCACAGAAUGCACGAAAAAAACCGACACGUCAACGGUGAAAAUAACAUGGGGAAACUUUGUCAUCAAGGAGCUCUCAAAACUUGAUUCUUCUGAGGUAUCAGCAGAAGAGCCGAGAAAGACAGUACUGGUUAUCGAUGUUAAGCUCCUGCACGACAUGAACAAGAACGACAACAACAACGACGGCGCUAUCUCUACCUUGUCAUGGUACCAAGAACUCAAAGACAUUGAGGAAAAAUUCCUCAGUGGUGAAAAGUACGAAAACGAGUUUGGCAAAUUCCACAUUAUUAUUCGCAUUGGCAACGAAGCUGCAGUGUACAAAGAUCCUCGUCACCCUAAAUCUGCACCGAUGAUGAUCUUUGAACCGAGUAACAGGGAAGGCGGGUAUCUUCGCUCAAAGUCCAAGCUUGGGGAUAAAAGCAUUCUUGAGUCAAAGCUAAAGGCUGUCUUCUGUGUUGGCCUCGCAGACUCACUAUUGCAGGAAUCAUCAACGAGCAUGGCCACUGAAAAUCUUGGCAAACAUCAGAUCCGUCAAGCCUUGGUCAAUGCCCUCAAGUGGCCGCGUCGAUUUGCUGCGUGUUAUACGAACCCAGACGGACAGCUUAAGUCUGACGUCGUUGCAUCAGAAUUCGAGAUGGAGAAUAGAACGGAUGUUGAUCCAACUCUUAUUCCACUGAAUACUGGAUACGAAGGCAAAGACACUAGUCUGAAGAGCGGGAAGGUGGCUGAGAGUAUCUUCAACAGCAUGAAAUUGGACAGUAAUCUUUUCGCCCGUGAUGUUGUAACCUGGGGCCCCGAAAAGUGCUUAUCCAUCAUCCCAACCACAUCAUACGGUGGAAUUCUAACCGCCGAUCGGGCGGAGAUUGAGGGUUUCCGAAAGGCGGCAGAUGCCAUCGAUGCCUACAUACAAGGCCAUGCCACAAAGCCUAUGCCCAUAGCGGUGUUUGGCCAGCCUGGCUCCGGAAAGUCGUUUGGGGUCAAGGAGGUUGCCAAGUCGAUUCUUCUCAAUCAUGGCUACAAGGCGGAGGAUACUCGACCUCUUGAAUUCAACCUCUCCCUGAUGACUGACGAGGUUGAUCUCAUCGACGCCUUCGAGACAAUUCGGGGGAAACAACUUUCUCGCAAGGUGCCAAUUGUACUGUUCGACGAAUUUGAUUCCGAUGACUGUAGGUGGUUAAAGAAUUUCCAUGACCCACUAUGUGAUGGGAGGUUUAAAGGCAAAGACGAUAGAUGGCACCCCCUUGGGCGAGGCAUCUAUGUCUUUAUCGGUGGAACCUCAAAGACCUGGGAGGAGUUCCAAACAAAACGUGGGCUGCAACCACGCAAGGAGAAAUCCAACGAUUCGGAUCCAACUAGCACCGCAGCCGACAGCUGGAAUAAAUUUGCCGAGUACCACUCGUGCGAUCUUCAGGGGAAAAGUGACGACGAGUUGAAGUCUGUGUUCCAAAAUAUGCGCGACACAACGCUCGAGGGAAAGCUGCCAAUUGUACUCUUCAGAAAUUUCCAUGCCAAGAGAGAAACAAAGCCAUGGGGAUGGCUGAAGUCUUUCCUGGCUCCGAUGCAAGACUCUUUGUACCUGGAUCAUGGCCAACCCCGACUGAUCGGACAAGGGGUCUUUGUGUUUAUUCAGGAACCUGGGACGCCUGGCCAGAAACUCAAGACAAAUUCGACACUGCUCAUGGACCCCGAUGACCCACGAUAUAAGGAUACGGCUAUUAGAGAAGAAUUUACAGAUGCCAAAGGACCCGACUUUGUUAGCAGACUACGUGGGCACGUUAAACAAGACGAGAAAAAUGGGGAAAUAGACGUUAGCCCUCUAAAAUGGGUGAUCGAAGAAUAUCUGCAACCCCAGAUCAGGGAAAAACCACUUUCUUUAUGUGUGACAGCCGGCGAACAACAUGAUUUGAAACAAAAACUGAAUGAUCUAUCUCUAUACACAGUAGCGGAGAAUGCGCUGGAUGUGCCGAGCAAGGACAAGAGCGAUGAUAAGAGCGACGACAAGAGCGACGACAAGAAGAGCGACGACAAGAGCGACGACAAGAAGAGUAACGACAAGAAGUUUGUGGAUUUGAUAAAAGGCUACAUCAAUAUCACGGGGCCCAACCCAGUCCCCCAGCCGCAAUCCACGACCGGCAGCGACAAAACUGGUAAAGAUUCUGACAAUGGGGACGUUGACUGGGAGCACAUGGCAAAGAUAAGACGAGCGAUUGUUCUUCGAUCAGUGCUCCAGAGGCGAUGGGGAUUUAAGAAAGGGCAGGAGAUCAAGUUCGAACCAGGUGUUCUCGGUGCACUACUGGACACCAGAACUUUCUACCAUGGCGUCCGCUCUUUAGAAGCCAUAAUGGGUAUGAGUGUUUUGUCCAAAGGCAAACGUGCCAUUACGUUUCCUAAAGAAACAGAAUUUAAUGGCCAACUUGGUCUACACGUCGACGCAACCGAAUUCAAGAAGACGAUUGAUGAGAAGAAGAAACUUGAUGAGAAGAAGAAACUUGACGAGAAGAAGAAACUUGAUGAGAAGAAGAAAUUUGAUAAGACGGAAGAUAAAACCCACUGCCAGGAUUCAAGCCAUGCUCCAGGCAACCGUCGCUACACGGAGCAUUCAAUGCUGCAUCUACAGGUGGGAUUGGCCUUGCCUACAGACAGGUGAAAUUCGUUUUACCCCAUUUCCUUUGUCUUUCCCGUGUUUUGUUCUUCUCCUUGCUUCUUGUACUUAGGUUUUAGUUUGCAUUUAUCAUUACAGCGACUAGAUUGGACAAUACACAAGCUGCUGCCUCUUCAAUCAUUGGACCAUAAUGUUAGUCCGUAAGAAAACAGCAAGAAUGGGGUGUCAAUCUACUACAGUAAGA